AUGGUGGAAGAAUCAAACGAAAAAAUAAGCAUAAAUGAGAGAAUAAUUUUAAAUGUUGGUGGGAUAAAGUAUGAAACAUAUCGGUCAACAUUAACAGCAUAUCCAGAAACUCUUCUUGGAACAAUGUUUCAAGAAAGAAAUCAAUCAUUACUUCAACCUACGAAUAAUAAUGAAUAUUUCUUUGAUCGGGAUGGUCAUUUAUUUAGAUUUAUAAUGCAAUUUUAUCGAACUGGUGAAAUUUUUUGGCCUGACGAAUCUUAUUUUUCUGAAUCAUCCUCUUUUUAUGUAUCUCGUCGAGAACUCGAUUUAGAACUUGAUUACUUUCAAAUUCCAUCUCCAGGUCGUAAUGGAAUUGAUAAUUUUGGGGCUGUAACUUUGGUAGAUAGUUUCUUGGUUGCUUUGGAUGCUCUUGUGGACCAAGUUGUUAAAAAGUAUCAUGUCACAAUAAACGUUAAUUUUUCACUUGGUUUAAUUGAUUACGAAACUGAUGAAGAUGUUAAGGAUAUUGUCUUCAAUAUUUUAUCUCCAUUUAAGUUGGUUGGUUAUAAGAUUUUAUCAAAGUUUGGUAAUGAGGUUGCUGCGUACAUAAAGAACCAACAUCCAUGUUUGGAUUCGAAAAUAUCACGUAGGUCAAAUAAAGGUUAUUUUGAGUUGAAAAUGUCGAUAAAGGAUUAUCAUGAUUUGGAUGAACAGGUGGUUUACAAAUAUUCUAAACUCGCAAAGGUUGUGAACCCUUUAAAAUUAGAGGAUGAAUAA